UUGAUGGAAAAUCUCUCUUGUACAAAACCAAAAUUGGUCGGGAGAUGGCGCUAAAGAUCAACAUGGCGACUUCCAUGGACCCUUCGAUGUCAUGGAAAAAGACGAUACAAAUGCGGAUAAGAAGGAGAAACGAAAAAGAGAGCAUUCCAUUCAAAGCAUUGUUUGAAACACAUUUAAGACUUGCCAACCAGAUCGAGGCAUCCCGGUCGCAGAACGUCCAGCUCCAUGUCCAGGUGGAGCGGCUCCAGCAGGAGAACACGGAUCUCCAGUCCAAAGGACUCUCAAGUAGUCCCGGGCCAGUGGAGAACGUUGGUAAAGGCAGCGCUGCUUAUCGUCAGCUAGAACAGAAGUGCUUCAAGCUGAACGAGGAACUCACCGAUGUACAUCGAAAGAAAGGAGAGAAUGCCCAGCAACUGAUUGAUCUCACAGCCUUACUCAAAACAAAGGAGUCUGAGUUACAGAAGAAUGAAGAAAGUUUAAAUGAAGCCCUCAUCAGGGUCGGUGCGUAUGAAGAUGAAAUCAGGAACCUUGAAAUGGCAGUGCUAGAACUGAGGAAAACAAAUGAGGACUUACGAGACGAGUUACAGAACAUGACGCUGCUGUGCAGCAAGAAUGAAGAAUCCCUCUACAGACUGCAGGCGGAGAACGCGGAGCUGGUGACACGGGUGAUGGACGAGAAGGGGCGAGAUGCAGACAUUCUGAACAGCACCAACGCCAUCAUCCAGGAGGUCCUUAAUGACAAGAUGAAGAAGGCUCUGGAGGAAGCUGCUUCCGAGACACCCACCCCGAUGCCAGAGCCAAAAAGCAGCAUCGGUGAAGGCAGAAAAUUACUCAGGCCAGGCUCAAUGUCUGCAUCCACCCUAUCAAGGGCACCAAGCUUGCCACCCCCGGUCUCCUUCGUCAUGAGUGUGCCGGACAAAAAUAUAGCACAGUUUGAAGCGCAUGAUGGGGAGGUUCACACAGUCAAGUUCUGUCCUUCGGGGGCUUUCUUCGCCACUGGUGGUGCUGACAGAAAACUCAAGCUGUGGGAAUUCCUGAACAAUUCUUGUCAAAAUAGUGCUGUACUCUUCGGCAGCAACCUUGCGGUGACGUGUAUCGACUUCGACGAUCAGGAAAAUCUCAUUCUCGGGGCAGCCAACGACUGCACCAUCAGGAUAUGGGGAACACAUGAUCACAGGUUACGGCAAACAUUAACGGGUCAUAGCAAUAAAGUUUUAGCUGCAAAAUUCCUGAGCGAUCCCAACAAGUUUGUUUCCGGUAGCCACGACAGGACUCUCAAGAUCUGGGAUCUCAGGAGCAGAGCAUGUACCCGAACAAUGUUUGCAGGUUCCAUGUGCAACGAUCUUGUAACGAGUGAUGGAGCAGGAACCAACAUAAUCAGUGGUCACGUGGACAAGAAGAUCAGGUUCUGGGAUGCAAGAUCAAAUGCAAGAACGAAAGAGAUCCUACUCAACGGCAAGGUGACCUCUCUUGACCUUUCACCUGAUCGGCAAUCCUUAUUAGCGUGCACGAGAGAUGACGCGCUGAAGAUAGUGGAUCUUCGCACCAAUCAAGUUAUCACAUCUUGUAGUGCAGAAGGAUUCAAAGUGGCAUGCGACUACACCAGAGCGGCCUUCAGCCCCGACGGUGAAUACGUGACAGCAGGCUCACAAGACGGCUCAAUAUUCUACUGGAAGGCAAAGAACGGAGAAAUGGAGAAGCAGAUCAAGGACCACAAGGGACCAGUGAUAUGUGUGUCAUGGCAUCCAUCCUGCAGACAACUCAUCAGCUGUGAUAGGGCCAAGAAUGUCAUACUUUGGGCGGACUUUUGAUAGGACCAAGACCAGGUCCUGGAUCUGAGACAGGUCCAAGGCUGUCAUACUUUCAGUUAUAGCAAUUUGCCAUCGUUUACGAAAAUGAUAUUACACAAAGCUGAGACAGGUCUAAGACUGUCAUACUCUGGGCCUACUUUUGAUUGGAGCAAGUCCAGGUCCUGGAUCUGUGCCAAGUCCACUCACCAGGAUAAAGACAUUCUCCUGACCAAGCAACUACCAUUCAAAACUGAUUAUUAAAAAAUAUGAAAAGCUGCAACAGGUCCAAGAAAAUCGUAUUCUAGGCCAACUUCUGACAGGAAUUAGACCAGGUCCUGGAUCGGUGCGAUUUCAUCCCUGAUGGGUUAAACUCAUAUUUUAAAAGCCCUUCUACUUAGGAUUCAUGUAGCUGCUAUGGAAUGGUGCAACAAAAAAAACAUCGAAGGCCGUCGUUUGGUAUUUGCAAAUGAUGAAGCAAAAUGAUGUAUGUACGAAUUGAUUAUUUAUCUAACAUGGACUCUAUGU